UACACCCCAAAAUCAUCAUAGCCGUACAUCUUUCUCAACAAAACUCCAUCCCCACCGUCCAUUCUCUCAAACACUCGCCUCUAUAUAUACUCUCCUGACUCUCUUCAUUCUCCUCAAGCUUUUAAUAUUCGCAUUCUGCUUCGCCUUCAAGCUUCAGCUUCUUAGGUGCCUUCGGUUACCACCAAUCAAAUUACAUGGUUGAUCUAGACGUCCAGAUUCCAACCGCUUUCGAUCCCUUUGCUGACGCCAAAGACUCGGAUGCCCCUGGAACCAAAGAAUACGUCCAUAUAAGGGUCCAACAGAGGAAUGGAAAGAAAUGUCUAACAACAGUUCAAGGGCUUAAGAAAGAGUUCAGCUAUGAUAAGAUCCUUAAAGACCUGAAGAAGGACUUCUGUUGCAAUGGGAAUGUUGUGCAGGACAAAGAGCUGGGGAAGAUAAUCCAACUCCAAGGCGAUCAGCGCAAGAACGUUUCUCAGUUCCUCGUUCAGGCUGGCCUCGUCAAGAAGGAUCAAAUCAAGAUACAUGGUUUUUGAGUAGGAUCCUUAAAUUGUUUGCUGUUUAUGUUAUAUAUGUGUGAAGUAUUUAACUGAAGUGUGAUGUGUGGAGAAGGGGAAAUAUACUAUAUUGAUGAAUGGUCUAUCUUUGUUGCAAGCUAAGUCUGUAUACUUCUGUUAUGAUUUGUUUUUACAGUGUAUUGACAAAAGAGGGUUGUCAUGGAAUAUUAUGGCUCCCUUUUAUUAAUUAGAAAAAAGGAUGUUUUCAGUCUACAAGAA